AGCUUUUCCUCUCUUUAAAGGGGGGAAAGCAAGCGCGACGGAUUAGAGGUUAGGUUUGCUUGCGGCGAUGGCGGCGAUAAAGGGCCUGGGUAGGAACAUCCCCUACUUGAGGCAGCAAGCUGCGGCCCUGCUCGGUAACACCAGCACCAGCGUCAAGGCCAUUUGCGUGGUGGUGCUGUUCUCCUACUGCCUGUCCUUCUCCGAGGAGGCGGUGCGCAUCCUGAGCGUGACGCCAGGUUACCUCCUGCCGCCGGUCUUCUGGUUCUGGACGGCCUUCACCUUCUGCUUCCUCGAGAUACAUUUCUGGGAGGUGUGCGUGGACGUGGUCACCGUCGGUCUAUGCGGCAAGCUGAUCGAGCCCCUCUGGGGCGCCUUCGAGAUGAUGACGUUCUUCGCCGUCGUCAAUUUCGGCGUCGCCGUCCUUUCAGCGCUCUUCUACCUGUUUCUCUACAUGUGUACCAGCAAUCCGGAUCUGCUCUUCAAUAUACACAUACACGGCUUAACCGGCUACAUCGCAGGUGUUGCAGUAGCAGUAAAGCAAAUAAUGCCUGAUCAUAUCUUAAUCAAAACUCCCAUUGGAAAAAUUACAAACAGAAAUAUACCCUUAAUGGUAUGGAUUGUGGGAUUGAUAUUAUGGCUUGUCGGUCUACUAGAAGGAACUCAUCCCACCAUGUUUCUCAGUGGCUUAUUGAUAUCUUGGACAUACCUAAGAUUUUAUCAAAAACAUAAUAAUGGCACUCGAGGAGAUAUGGCGGAUAAUUUCACAUUUGCGAGUUUUUUUCCAAAUGUUUUACAACCACCGAUAGCGGUAGUGAGUAACACCAUACAUGGAUUUUUUGUCCGUAUUGGAUUGUGCCGAAAAGUAGUUAGAAGAUUUGACAUGUCUAAUACACCACCUGGCUUGGUUAUCAAUCUUCCUGGUAUUGAUCCUCACGACAGCGAACGACGCCGGCAAAUAGCGUUGAAAGCACUGAGCGAGAGAUUAAGCAGAGAUCACGCGAAACCUUGGCAACCAGACAGAGCUAAGAAACACUCCCCAGUGCCUCCUGCGGUUUCUAUACCGAUACCUGAAUCCACUACACCGAAACCUCUCGCGUCUCCGCUCAUUCCACAGGUUAACGUCAACAUACAUAAUCAUCCCUCUAGCAGUACGUGAUUAUACGAGACUGACUGAUUCAAUAGAUUUACAAAUUCCACUGAGAAGCUUCUAAAGAAUAAUCAUAAGAUGUAGGCUUAUAAUAUGGCUAAUUCUCAAUAAUGAAUGUAGAUCCCAUUUUUUUAAAUCGUGUAUCUGUAGAUUAUUAUCAUUCUAAUUUAAUUUGUACUAAAAUGUAUUUACUUUUUUUUUACAGAGUAAAAAUUAAUUUUGUGAAACCUAAUAUACAUAAGACUUGAUUAACAAUAUUUAUUAGUGCACAAUAAAUUUUUAUUGUAAUAUUCACAUAUUGAACAUAAUAGAAUAUCAGAAAAGUUCAACAUUAAAUAGCUUAGUCUUUAAAAUCUGAAGAUCCAAGACUUCAAUGCUAUUACAAAUUGCUAGUAACUAUCGUUGUUAUGCAAGUAGAGUUGCAAGUUUCAAUCUUUUAUUAUUCCUACAUAAAAGAAAAAAGUUAAUUUUAAUUUCAUGCAAUAUUUAACUUACAAAUUAAAUGACAAUUUUUUCCUGGUUAAAAAGAAAUUUAUAUUCUCUAUGUAAAUCAAAUUUACUUAACGAGUAAAACUCAAAGCCAUAAUUUGAUAUUAAGAUUUUUAAUUUUUAUCUCUCUACAAAUAGUAUUUAUCUCUACAAAUAAUUAAAAUAUUUUAUCUUUUGCUACAAAAUAUUAUUACAUUAUUAUGGUAAAUCAUGCUCUUUAUUGAUUAUUAUGCCAUAUUAAUGCCGAUUUAAAAAUAUAUGAUCUUUGGAAGAUUUUUAAGCAUACGAGAAAGAUAAAAUCAAUAUUUAUAUCUUAUGCUAUUUUCCAAGAAACGAAACAGUUCUUUGUUAUACUAAAGAUUAUGUAAAAAUCAGUGACAUGUGAAUUUUAAUAUGUCCGUAAAAAGGCAAUCUUACAAGUUUGUAGUGCCAUAUGAUUAGCACACUAUUCCAUCAAAAAAAUCCAACGAUUUAACAG